AUGGCUGUAGCCAUGGCGACUUCAGCAACUGUUGUUAGCUUGGGAACUUUCUCUCUUUCUUCCCCAUCUCAUCUGUCCUCUUCGAAGAAACUGAGUACUACUUUCUGGAUUUCUAAAAUCUCCAGUACCUGCCCAGAAUCCUCCAGGCUAGCACAAGCUUCAGGAGGAAAGUUCACUUGCUUUGAAAGAGACUGGCUGCGAACAGACCUGAAUGUGAUCGGAUUUGGAUUGAUUGGAUGGCUUGCUCCAUCCAGCAUUCCGGUUAUCGGUGGCAACAGUUUGACAGGGCUUUUCUUUGAGAGCAUUGGAACUGAACUCCCCCACUUCCCCACUCCUCCUGCCCUCACUUCACAAUUCUGGUUGUGGUUGGUCUGCUGGCAUUUGGGCCUGUUCCUCCCCCUUACUUUUGGACAAAUUGGCUUCAAGGGAAGGACUGAGAAUUACUUUUGA